GCAGACUGCCGGAAGUGGAAACGGAGAAUAUCAACCCAUUCGGUUGUUCACAUAUCGUUUAUUAAUUAUGUACAAAACGGUACGCAAGGGCGAUGCCAGCCUGCAGUACACAAUUCUGCCGCAAACGGACCAGUUCGCCUCGUCUGGGUUCCCCCAGACGUCAGGCAAGUCGAGUCCAAGGAUCAUCAAGUACACCAUGGGAACACUGAUGAUCCUGAUCAUCCUGUCGUGCGUGGCGACGCCGUUCCUGAUGAAUCAGAACGAUCAGAGCCUGUUCGCCAGCACUGUGCUGGCGAUGGGUCGCGUUGGGCACAGCACAAUGGGCAGAAACUCGUCGAGGAGUCAGGGGAAAGACGUCGGCGUGAACAAAAGCAGAAGCAGGCUCACGGUGACGACCGCAGCGCCGCCAACGGAAGCGUACAGGAAGCAGGAUGUCGAGGACGGGAUGACUACGGUGUCGGCGGCGUUGAAUGCCGACGAAAGGGAGCCGGGGGAGUUCACCACCACGGAUACCCCAUCGAGUAGCACGCAACGUCAACAGACCACUACGGAAUUAUUAACGACCCUUCGACAAACGUCCACGUCCACCAGGAUCCCGUCGACUUUGCCAUCAACGUCAUCGACCAGCUGGAACACGUUAGCCAGUACCCCCAGCGAGGAUGCGAAGACGUCGAAUGCUGCAACGAGGAAAACAAAGCCACGGGUGACCCUGAAGCUGAUGGAGAACGAGACGAUGCCGCAGAUGUACAUGAAGGCGGGUAUAACGUCGUACAAGAAGGGCAACAUCACCACCAGCGUGCUGGCGCACGGCCUGAGUCUGCAAGGGUUGAUCUUCAAGACGCCAGAGGGCACGAUAAAGCCUUGGUCGCAGAAGUGGUUCUUCACUGAUCCCUCGUCCGAGUUCCAGUGGAAGGGUUUAAACCAGAUGCCAAUAAGGAUUUACAUAGUCCUGGCAGUGUUCGCGGCGUUGGCAAGCGUCAGCAUCUCCCUGCUGCUGUACGUGCAACGAAAGGCCACGAGACGCCAGCGUCAGAGCGUCGAGGAACCGGAAGUCGAGGGCCACGAGGAAGACAAAUCGACCCUGCUGGGCGCCGAGAGCCAGGAAGCCGAGGAGAAAGAGUAA